AUGUCGUUUCAACAGCAGCGAAGAGCUGCAGUCCUGACGCUAGACGCCCUGCGAAGGAUACCCUUCCUAAAGCAAGCCAGUAUUGCCUUGAUUGGGGGCUUUGCUGUUCGUUUCUACCACCCCCUCAGAGUCACGGAAGACAUUGAUUCCCUGGUUCAUAUGGAACCUGGUCUGAUAGAUCGCAUCAAUAGGAUUCGCCCCAAUCAGAUUGCAGUCGGGCCAACCGGCGUCUCUGAAUUCGUCAAGAGACAACUGGUCAUUUAUGACCGUCAGCUUUUCCGGCACCACGGCGAUCUUUUCCAGGUGUGGGUUGCUGACGAGAAUGGGCUACAUCGUCACAACAGGAUGGCCGGUCUGUGGAUCAAUCUGGACUUCACACCGUCUCAGCUGGAACUUGCGGUUCUGAAGAUUAGCUGCUGUCCACAACGCACUUCGCCGGAGAAAAGGCGGAAAGAUGUCGAUGAUGCCAGGGCUAUGGCACAUUUGGUCCUCGCGAAUGGCGAGCCAUAUUUGUCUGCUGCGCUAAGGGAGGUUGUGGAUGAAACUCUGGGGGACUUCGUGCGGUAUACUCUUGACCCGAUUGAUGUGUGGCAGACGAUUUUGGGAGUGUGA